AUGAAUUUAUUUCAAACUUUAGUCAUCUCAAUUUGCUUAGUUGCAUUUUUGGUUUUACUAUUGAAAAGUUGGAGAAAGUCUCCUCUUGGAGCUGGUCUUGCUGUUUUAAAAACCGUGGAAAAAGGUGCAGAAAUUGUUACUUUUGUUGCUUGUGGUAAGAAUCUUUUAGUAUCUUCCCAAGGUUUGCUUACACCGUCUUGUUUGGCUGCUAGUACUAUAUGGUUAGGGUUAUCUGCAAUUAGGGGUGGUGUGGAAAAGGCUGGUGAUAAUUUGUUUGGUACCAAAAUAUCUCAAAAGACUUGA